AUGUCUGACGAUAACGUGUACGAGUUCAACGACAACGAGCAAUCUGCUUUCGAUAUCCCAGAUUCCACCGUGGAUGAAGGAUCUAAUGAACAUGAACAGGAACAAGAACCAAAACAGGAAGCACAAGAACAAGAACAGGAAACAGCGGUUCCAAACUCUGAAACUCAAACUCCAACAGAAGCCAAAGAUAAUGCUACCAAGGAAGAAACUCCUGAAGAAGAAAAUGACGAUGAAGAAUAUGAUCCAUCUGAAACUAAAACUAUCGCUGAAGAUUCUAAAGAAGUAGAAAAAGUUGAAGAUGAAGAUGAUUUGUAUGCUUCUGAAGAUGAAGAUAGACAAAAUUCUAAACCUGACUCAUCAACUACUUCAAAUACUACUCCAUCUCAAGAAUCAAGUGUAACUGAAUCAAGUACAAAAUUACCAAAAGAAAAAAAGAAAGUUUCAUUUUUAGAACCUGAAAAAGAUUCAAAACAAGAUGAAGAUAAUGAAGAAGAUGAAGAUAGUGAUUAUGAUCCUACUGCUGACGUUUCAGAAUCUUUAACCACUAGCUCUAACCCAACCAUUUCAAACUCAUCAGAUUCUAAUUCUAAUUCUAUCUCUACAUCUAUUAAUCCUUUAACAAAUGCUGAUAAUAAUUUACAAUCUUAUGCAUCCAAAAUUAUGAGUUCUAAUUUAUUAUCUGAUCCUGAAUUUUUAAAAUUAUCUGAUUCUGAAAAACAACAAAGAAUUUUAGAAGAAUUGAAAAGUCCAACUCCAUCUAAUAAUACUUCUUUAGCUUCAUCUUCAUAUAAUCCUUUACAAUCUUACAAUAAUAAUAACACUACUGCUGAUCAUAGACCAAACUUAAGAAUUCCAAUGAAUAAUGAUGAAAUUGCUAAAUAUAAUUUAUUUGUUGAUAAUGAAGCUAAAUAUUCAACUUCAAGACAUACUCCAGCUCCAAAUUCAAGAUUAUUUGUUGGUAAUUUACCAUCAAAUUCAAUUUCAAAACAAGAUUUAUUUAGAUUAUUUUCAAGAUAUGGUACAAUUUUACAAAUUUCAUUAAAAGGUUCUUAUGGUUUCAUUCAAUUUACUGAUGCUCAAGCUGUGGAAAAAGCUAUUGAAGUUGAAAGUCAAUUACCAUUAAAUGGUAAAGAUUUAAUGUUACAAAUUGCUAAAAAUUCUAAACCUGGUUCAAAUGAUUCAACAUUUGAUAGAAAAAGAGGUAGAGAAGAAUUUAAUGAUUAUAAUAAUGAUCGUCCAAAUUCAAGAAGAAAAAAAGAUAUUGAAUGUAAAAUUCUUGUUAAAAAAAAUGCUGAUCCAGGUUAUACAAAAGAAGUUAAUCGUCAGUUCCAUUCUGCAAAUAUUAAUUCUGAAUAUGAAUUUUUAAAACCUCAUAUGGUUUUAAAAGAAAAAACCAAUGAAGCUGCUUAUGGUGGUUGUCUUGGUGUUGUUUUAAUUAAUAGAAAUAGAACUUGUGAUGUUCAAACUUAUGAAAGAACUUCUGAUGGUUCAAUUAAAUUUGAUGAAUAUUUAGGUGUUACUUCAAAUGAAGCAACUGAAUUAUUAUUAAGAGCAAAACAAAAUCAAUAUAAUAAUAAUGGUAAUAGUAAUAAUAAUAGAUCAGGAUUUGGUGGAUUAUCACAAGGUGGGUUUCAACAAGCUCAACCACCAUUACAACAACCACCACAACAACAAACUCCAUUUUUUGGUCAACAACAAUCAAAUUUUUAUCAACCACCACAACAACAACAAGCUGCACCACCAGCUAUGGAUCCUCAACAAUUGUUACAAUCAUUAACAGCUUUAGGACCAAAUGCUUUACAAAAUUUAAUGGCUAUUGCUCAAGGUCAACAACCUCAACCUCAACAACCUCAACAACCUCCAUUCCAAAAUCCAUAUCAACAAUUUUCUCAACCUCAACAACCUCCUGCAACUAAUCCUUCAGUAAAUUUAGCAUCUUUAUUAGGUCAAGUUUCUCAACAACAACCUAAUCAAUCACAAUUCCCAUAUUCUAAUUCAAAUACUUAUCAACAAUCUCAAGUUCCUACUCAACAAUUUCCUCAAUCUCAAUCUGUUCCAACUCAAUCACCUCCUCAAAAUCAAGCACAACCUGGUGCUGCUCCAACAAUGAAUAUCCAAGAAUUAAUGGCAAAUUUACAAAAAUUUAAAUGA